CCCUCGGCCGGCGGGCCGAUCCGCGUGCUCGUCGACCCCGUCUUUGCGCAGCGCUGCUCGCCCGUGCAGUUCAUGGGGCCGGCGCGCUACACACGCGCGCCGGCCACCGUCGCGCAGCUGCUGGCCGGCGGGCCCAUCGACGUCGUGGCGAUCAGCCACUCGCACUACGACCACCUCUGUGUGCCGACGCUGAGCGCCCUCAUCGCUGCGGCCGAUGCGCAGCACCCUCUGCCGCACUUCGCCGUGCCGCUCGGGCUCGCGUCCUUCAUGCGCAGCCUCGGCGUGCCCGCAGACCACAUCACCGAGCUUGAUUGGUGGGGCCGCGCUCGCCUCACGUUCGCCGCGCCGGCGGCGCAGCCGCCGGCGCCGGCGCGCGAGCUGCUCAUGACGUGCACGCCCGCGCAGCACUUUUCCGGGCGCGGUCUCUUUGACCGCGACACGACGCUCUGGGCCGGCUGGGCGAUGGACUCGCUCGAGGGCGGUGCAAACGUCUACUUUGCCGGCGACAGCGGCUUCCGCGCUGUUCCUGGCGACAUUUCGCGCGAGGAGGAGGAGAAGCUGCCGCACUGCCCGGCCUUCUCGGAGAUCGGCGAUGUGCUGGGCCCGUUCGACCUAGCCAUGAUCCCCAUCGGCGCCUACCUGCCGCGCUCGUGCAUGAGUGUCAUCCACAUGGCGCCGCACGAGGCUGUGGCAGUGCACAAGAUGGUGCAGAGCCGCAAGUCGCUCGGCAUCCACUGGGGCGUGUUCCGCCUGACGCCCGAGGACGUGCUGGAGCCGCGCGUGCUGCUAGAGCGCGAGGCCAAGGCGCAGGGGCUGCAGCCCGACGAGUUCGUCACGACGGCCAUCGGUGCCACGCUGUACGCCGACGCUGCCACGCGGCAACGCAAGGCAUGA